AUGUUGGGCCUUACUUCCCUUUCGCGCCCCUUCAUCCAGUUCUCGAGCUCUGUGAUAAGGCAAACGGUUCCAGCCGGAAUCUUUGUUAGAACGAUAAUGAAGACUCACAAAGGUGCUGCAAAGAGAUGGAGAAAAACUGCCAAUGGCUUCAAGAGAGGCCAGGCUGCAAGAAACCAUGGUAAUACCGGCUGGAGCUCUGGUGUUCUGAAAGGUGAUGGUUCUAAAGUGAUGAGCACAAAGGAGCAGACCAAGAGACUCAAAAAAUUGCUUCCAUACCACUGA